UUCGGUAGCCAACGUGUACGUUCGCAUAAUCACAUUGCCGUAAUGUUGACGCCGUGUUUGGUAAUUUUGCUGCUUGCAUCGACGCCGGGCUUGUCGCAGGGGACUGAAGUAGUGGCGCCUGAAGAGCGUCACCUGUUGCCGGCGCGCUCGCUGCGACUGCCCAACGACACAUAUCCGCUGAGCUAUCAGCUGCACAUUAGCACCAACAUACACCUAGGGGAAUGGCGUUUUGCCGGAAACGCCACCAUAGACAUUGAGAUUAGGCGGUCGACGAACGAGAUUGUGGUCCAUGCCAAGAACUUGAGCGAUAUUCAGAUAACACUGCGACUGCUAGACAACGCCAAGCCCGAGGAGCUGGGCGAACUUGUGGAUGAUAUUACACACACGUUUGAUCCGUAUGCCACAUUCCUUAUCGUCCAUCCGCGCGUCGACUAUCAGGCCUUCGAAGCCGGACAGCGAUAUCGACUGCAGAUCACUUACACAGGUCUGAUGGGCACGCGCCCCAAGGGCCUCUACUGGAUGGCCUAUGAGGAGGAGCCUCCCAGCAAUCGUACUGUCUAUGUGGCGGCCACUCAAUCGGAGCCAACAUUUGCCCGGCUAAUCAUGCCGUGCUAUGAUGAGCCAGCCUUCAAAUCAAACUAUAGCAUCCGGUUGACGCACAGCAGCAGCCUGACGGCCAUUUCGAAUAUGCCCGUAAAGGAGCUGGUUAAUCAUGGCGAGCUGACUACAACCACUUUCCAGACUACACCGCCCAUGUCAACGUAUUUGGUGGCAUUUGUCAUAUCCAAUUUUGAUCACAUCUCGGAGACAUAUCGAGGUGUUACACAGUCGAUCUAUUCGUCGCCCACCAGCAAGGACAAGGGUCGCUCCGCUUUGAAGAAUGUUGUGCUCACCGUGGCAGCUCUUGAGGAUUACUUUGGCGUUAGUUACAUGCUGCCCAAGUUGGAUCACGUGGCGCUGAAGAAGAAUCAAGGUGUCGCCAUGGAGAAUUGGGGUCUGAUCACAUUCAGGGACGACAGCCUCUUGUCGCAAGACGAUGCGGACAAGCAUAAGACAUUGAAACACAAAGUAAUGCAGAAUCAUGAGAUAUCGCAUCAGUGGUUCGGUAAUCUGGUAUCGCCGGAAUGGUGGUCCUACGUCUGGAUGAACGAGGGGCUGGCCACCUACUUUUCCUAUGUAAUCACGGACUUGCUUCAUCCCGAGGACAAUGUGAUGGAAAUUUUCAACAGAGACGAAGCCGAACACGCUUAUAGCUACAGCAGCUUCUUCGAUGUGCGUCCAAUGACUUAUUAUGUGGAAACCGAGAGCGAGAUUAUGAAAGUGUUUGAUAUUAUAAGCUAUAAGCGUGCCGCCUGCGUCAUCAAGAUGUUUCACCACGCCUUCCACCAGAAGACCUUUGUACAGGGCAUUAAUCGUUAUCUGAAGACAUUCCAAUACAGCGUCGUCAGCGAGAUGGAUCUGUUCAAUUCAAUCCAAGUGGCUGUCUUGGAGGAUCCACGGUUCCAGGACCAGCACUGGAAGCACCUAGUCCGUCACAUCAUGCUAUCCUGGACGCACAGCGAAUGGCUGCCAAUUGUCUCGAUCAUCCGGAACUAUGAAAACAAUACGAUCACACUGAGACAACGUUCCAUACACUCCAAGACCGAGCACUGGUGGAUCCCAUUGAACUUUGCCACCACCCAAUCGCCCAGCUUUGAGCAGACGCAUGUCGAAUUCUUUAUGCCACCCGUAAUGGAGCACACGGUGACUGUGGAGGAGCUGCGACUGCAGUUGGCCGGCCGCGACUGGCUGAUUGUCAACAAGCAGCAGACGGGCUUCUACCAUGUGCUCUAUGAUACGGACAAUCUGCACGCCAUUGCCCGCCAGCUGCAGAGCAAUCAUUCGGUUAUACAUGCCAUGAAUCGGGCGUCGCUCUUCCAGGAUCUGGCGCCACUGAUCGAACGGAACGAAUUCGAAUCGGUGGAUGUGCUUUUUGAGCUGUUCAAGUACUUGGAGUUCGAGGACGAUCUAACGCCCUGGAGUCAAGUAGCCAACACCAUUGAGUUUUUCGACAACAAUCUGUAUGGCACCACCGCCUAUUCUCUGUUCAAGCAGUACGUGCGUCGCCUGGUUACGCCCACAUUUCUGCGUCUCUUUCACAAGGAUAAGACAGAGGUGGUCACCAUGGAUAUACUGGUUCGUACGGAUAUCCUGAACAUGGCUUGCCGUGUGGACAUGCCGGAGUGUCUCGACUACACGCAUCGUCUGGUGCUCGAGUACGUCUUCAAGAACAUCAACUUCGAGAGCGACUAUCCGGACUAUUAUGCCAUACACGAUACCAUUUUGUGCAUGGGCGUGCGACAGUUGAGCGACGAAGAGUUUCAGAAGCUCAUCGAUUUAUUGAUUGUCACGGACCCAAAUACCGCCAUGCACGACGACAUGAUUUACUCGCUGCGCUGCACGCGAAAUCAUCGCCGCAUGCAUCACUAUCUAAAUGUGUUGGUGGGCGAGAACUUUACCUAUAACUUGCUGAAUGAGCGGGAAUCCAUGUUUUAUCUAGCCUAUGCAUUCAAAUCGAAUGUGGCAUCACGCUCGAGUAUCUGGCAUUUCAUUAAUCAAAACUAUAAGCAGCUCGCACGAUCGCCUCACUUUGUGACUCUCUUUAAUGAUAUUGCCGAAUUUGUGCCAGAGCGUCAAAGGCCCUACUUCGCCACACUCCAUCGAAAUAUUGAUGCGUAUCUGCGGGCUGAGCAUCUGAGCUCCAAAGAACCUUUAAUACCGGUAGACUCGAGGCGAGUGGGCAAAAAGAUCCGUAAUAGCGAAGAGUUUCUGGAUAAAUUCGAGCACCAAAUACAUAAGUGGCUGCUCAAGGAACUGUCUCCAGCUGGCAGCGAUGACACCUAUGCGGCCUCCUUUAGCGUGGGCAACGGCUCUGCUCGGCCCACGAGUCUACUGAGCGCGGCUGGCAACAUUGUGCGCAGCGCGAUCGGCGUAUAGCUGAAGUUUUAGCACUUGUAUUAAGCAUAAUAUCUAAGUUGAAAGUUAACUAAAUAAAUUGACCUAAGUAGAACAAUAA